CAGGUUCCCAGCUCAGCCCAUGAGAUCCUGUAUGUGAAAGAAGAAGAGUUUCUGUAGCCUGUAGUAAUUGACACCAGAUGAGUGCAGCACAUCAGUGGUUCCACUGCCUCUCUGUAUGAAUCUCCUGAAUCCGACUGUAGUGCAAUGUGUAGGAAGCACUGAAAAAUCAGAGAGAUGGAGUGAAAGUCCCUGACUUUGUGAUGUAAUGGAACAGAUAACACUGCCCCCUGCUGGGCUGUACUGAAACUGAGACCCACAUGUAAGCACACACAUGCACAGUGGAGGAGCUGGCUCUUUCUUUAUGCAGAGUUCUGUUUCUUGAUACUUUCAGUAUGUGACACUUCUGCGUUGUACGUUGUAGUGCAUACAUGGAGAAUAACUUUUGUAGCUUAUAUGUCUAGUAAUGUAGACAGAAAAUAUAUGGAUGACCUAUUUUAUGGCAUAUAUGCAUUUCCAGUCUGGUUUUAUGUCUUUGUUGACAUGUUCAUUCGUGUGCAGCUUGCUAACAAGGGAGCAUCUGUAAAUAAUUUCCACAUAAGAUUGAAAUUUUUUGUUUAAUGACAUGACUGCAAUAUUUGCAUAUUGUUUAAUAUCAUCUAGCAAAAAAACACCUCUCUGGAAAUGUUUGUUAAACUGUACUGUAACAAAAUUUGCACUAAAGCAAUUAACACUGAGUGGGAGUUGAUUUUACCAUCAAUAAUUUCUAGUGUAAUGUAUUGCAGUAAUUACACUGAGAAUGCUAUACUAUCACUCUUCUACAGUAUGCUGUAACAGUGCACAUUUGUCAGUAUGACCAUAGAUAUGAUUUAAUACAUGAAUAUAUGAAGAGAAGCUGUAUUAAGUGACAAUAUGGUGUUUGUUUAAGUAAUUAGCAGAAUGCUGUUGUAGACAAAGAAAUGGAUUCAGUUUGACUCUGACAUUUUAUUCCUGCAGCAAUACAAGCUCUCUUUGUCAGUGUUUCAUUUGUGCAACAUGUGCUGUGCUGUAAUAAUCAUUAGUUAAUAACACCUCACUCAGGUUGUGAUGUUACAGAUUCGUUUUUGUGACUCCAGAAAUCCUCUACUAACAGGACUGUUUGCUGUCUAAAGCCAAACUCUUGUGUCUUUGGCUCGGGCUGUUGUGCAAUAGGCGGCUAAGCUGUGAAAUGUUUCAUUGUGCUGAGAAAGAUUUUAUUUCCUCCCACAACAUCAUCAGCCUCUGAUCUGUCCUACACAAAAUCAUGUCAUGUAAUAUUGAGGAUA